GUAACGUCGCGACGUCUGGGUACGGUCUCUUUUCUCUAAGAUAUUUAUGUGUCUCUGAAGGAAAUUGUUAAAAAACGCGAAAUCAAAAAAUGAGAUACCGAUUCACCGUAGUAAAGAAUCAUUCUGGACGUCCGAGACGGCGUGACUUUAUGUCGUUCCGAUUAUCGUUCAACCACGAUUAGAAGUAUAGCGGAUUUUGUGAGAAAAAAAGACGUAUGUAAGGAACGUGGCGGUGCGUUUUCGUGGAACGAAAUCUUCGUCGAAUCAGUGCAGUAUCAAGUCAUAGUGACUAUGAUGUUGGAGUGAUUUUUGCUAUUAAUCGAACAACGAUUGUUACCCCAUCAUGCGGAUUCCUAGAUUGCAAUUCAUGACUUUGCUAUUGUGCUCAUUGAUGACGAUAAAGAUAUUAGUGGUCUCAGGACUCUAUUUCCCGCAAUCGGAUCUCACUCUAAGGUUUCCAUAUUUGGUUCAACACAACACGAAAUUUUUACCGGUCAAAUUAAUCAGCCUUAGGACCCUUCGGAACGAUUCUAAUAAACCGCAAAAUGUGAAGUAUCAGAUCAUUAAUAAGAUGUUACAAGAGAAGUUUGCAGUCUACCAGAAAAAUGAGAACAUAAUUGAGCUGCAGAAUCUUCCGCAAAAUGGAACCUUUGGUACUAUCAUCGUCAGAGCGAGCGAGAAAAGUUCCAGCGAAGCGCUACUCGAGAUAAAAAUGCAACCAGUACCAAUAAUGGGAAAAACUAUCAAUUGCACAAACUACAUGCAGGAUAUGUGCUUCUGGAAUACAUCGCACUACAAGAUUUAUGAGAAUCAACCAGUCACAAUGAUUGGCACGUUUGGCCCGGAGGCGUACAGUCAUAUAUGUCCCGAGUUUAGCGUCACCAGAUAUGAAUUAUCAAAUAGGAGCGAUUAUUUUCACAUAGUUGAAAAUAAAUUAUUUGCGAAUGCAUCGCUGGAUCGAGAUAUUAUCGGUCCUCCAGGAGGACCUGGACCUCGCGUUCAGCUCCAAGUAAGUUGCGUCGUUUGGGAGGAAAAGACCGGCGACCAGCACAUACAGACAAACGUUAUUACCAUCGAUAUCUUGGAUCAAGACGAUAAUCCUCCUGUAGUGCAAAGCAACACUUCUAUCGCUAUAACGCUUUCGGAUUUUAUCGCGGGCAACAAAUUGAUAGACUAUGAUCACUUGAAGUUGACGGACGCGGACACGAUAACUAGCAAUAAGUUCAGCUUUCGCCUGAUUGGUGAUAGUUCCGAUGCGGUAAUCAUCAAUAACACCAUUGUGCCGAUUGACCAUUCUGACUCAAGGUACCCGAAUCGGGCGCCUUAUACCGCCAUUUUUCUUGCAAUCCAUGCCAAGAAGACAUUGCUACCGGAAUUGCCGUAUCACGUAGUCCUUCAGGUUACGGAUGAAUCGCUUCUCAAAGGAUAUGGGGCGAAUUCGGUGAACAUCAGCAUAACUUUCUCGGGAUCAGUACACCGAGUUUCCACUAUUGCAACACCAUCAUCCGUCAUGGCACAAGAAUCAUUCUCGUAUCCGCCGAAUGUGGAAAUAGCCCGGAUUUCGCCGAGGUAUAUGCGCGUGGCGAAACCAACAGCAAAACCCCAUCCCUCGAUAACUUUCAUCCUGAACGGUUCCAGUGCAUUCGAUGUCACUCAACAGGACGGUAUCGUUUAUGUGUCCAACGAAACUAAGCUAGAAUCCGAGCCCGACAUCGUUGAAUUGCAAUUAAACUGGAGCGAAAAGAAUGGCAUCGGGAAAAUUAAUACAUUACAAGUGAAGCUAGUCAAUGUUCCGUCAUCGAAGAUUAACACAUGCAUACAAUCGACUCAGAAAGAGAUGCAUUCGUGUGCAAAUGCGAAUUCGCGCGAGAAAUGCGAAAAAUCCUGCGGAAUCGCCAGCGGAGUUUUCAGUAAUAAUAGUUUCGUCGGUCGAUGCGUUUGGAGAGACAAUAAGGGAAGCAAUCGAGCCAAUAUCUCCCAAAUGUCGAAGAAUUAUUCCACCUGUUCACCAGAUCUCACAUACUGUCCGGACAACGAAUGUGACGCGUUAGAGAGAAGUAAUCCUCGUAUAUGUCCGCAAGAUUGCGUCAAAUCCGAUUCAUAUUUCGCCCACACGAACGAAAACGGCCUCGGUAUAAAGAGCGGUGUUGGGAUUUGUUCCUGUAAUGACGAACUCCAGUGUCAAUGCGUACACCCUACGAACUCUAAACAAAAAGAGAAUAUGCCAGGCGAGAACAAGAAAGAACGAGUCGACAGAAAACCACAGAACCGGAAAAAUGAGCUUAUCCCAGGCGCGCGUAAAGCGUCCAGCGAACCAUGCGGUCCCACAUGCAUGAUAGGCGUCAUUGGAGCUAGUCUGUUUGUUCUGAUCGUAAUUGUAGGCUCGUUUAUUACAUGGAGGUACAGGAUGGCGGCGAAGGGCGCUCGACGGGAAUGCAAACACAGGGUGGAUGAUGCGGCAAACGGUAUUGGUAUUUUGCCGUCUGACUACAUCGAUCGUGGCGAUGGUCUCUUGAUCGGUUUGGACACCUUCACAGCGAAUCGUCAUCUAUUGCUGCCCAAGACAUGUCCGCCGGAUCCGAAAUGGGAAUUUUCACGUUCGUUGCUGAAAAUCGAGCAAGUGCUGGGCGAGGGUGAGUUCGGACGCGUUCUACGCGCUAAAGCCAUAAAUAUCGCCGGGAUACCUGGCUCUACCACCGUCGCGGUGAAAACGCUGAAGGAGAACGCGUGUGCUUCCGAGUUGGCGGAUUUGCUGUCCGAAUACCAGCUGCUGAAAGAAGCACAGCAUCCAAACGUGAUCCGACUACUGGGUGCCUGCACGAUACCAACAGGCGCGCCGGUCUAUCUCAUCAUCGAAUUCGCCGAAUUCGGAUCUUUACGCAACUAUCUGAGACGCAGCCGGCAUUUGGAGUCGGAAAACAGAAUUCCCGGUUCGACGUCUCUGCUUUCCACCUCGCCGAUCAACGCUAGCGAAGAAUCGCAAUGUGAUAAUAAUGCAUCGAACUGUAUUAUAACGCCACGCGAUAUCCUUUCAUUCGCUUGGCAAAUAAGCAAAGGAAUGGCAUAUCUCGCCGAUAUUAAGUUGGUGCACCGAGAUCUUGCGGCGAGAAAUGUUUUGCUCGCAACUGGCAAGGUUUGCAAGAUCUCGGACUUUGGUUUAACUCGUGAUGUGUACGAGGACGAUGCGUAUUUGAAACGGAGCAAAGGACGAGUACCUGUGAAAUGGAUGGCGCCGGAAUCCCUGGCUGAUCACGUGUACACCAGCAAAUCGGACGUAUGGAGUUUUGGCGUGCUCCUAUGGGAAUUGGUCACAUUAGGAGCCUCACCGUAUCCCGGAGUGGACGUACAUAAUCUCUACAAUCUGUUGAAGGCUGGCUACCGUAUGGAAAAACCUCUCAACUGCUCCCAACAAUUAUAUAAACUGAUGGUAUCCUGUUGGCAUCAAGAGCCUGGCAUGCGACCGUCGUUUAAAGAAUUGACCAGCCAUUGGGAGCGUAUGUUAGAGGAUGGUGUUGAGUAUCUUGAUCUUAAUCCAAGAACCGUCCAUAAUCAAGCUUACUUUGCAUCUUUGCAUGCCUUAGAUAGCGCAAAUGGUUCUGAAAACGAUCAAGUGGACAACGGGACUGCCAGUACUUUUAAAACGAAUACCGUCAACUAUCUUGGUCGAAUGUCUUCUGAACCAGUUACUAAAUGCGACAAGAUAGAUAAAUUACAGGCGCUUUGGCGCUUGGCGGCUCCGUCCGUAGCGUCAUUUCCUGAGGAAGCCGUUAAGUCGUCGUACGUAAACGAUCAACCAGCGAACCUGAACGCUAAUCACUAUGAAAGCCCGAUAAAGCUACGCAACAUCAGUAUGACCAGCAACAGCGAAAAUGACUUGACAACACCUUCGAACGAACGUCCUCAAUCCUACAUCGAUAUGCAGGGAAAGAAAUCGGUGGAGACAGAAGACCUUCUGGUAUUUAGUAGUAUAGAUGAUGACAAGAACGAUAAUAACGUGACGAACUGAUUGAUAUAAUCUCGUAUUGGAUAAUAUAUUGUGUCGAAUUUGAAACAAAUGUGACAUAAAUGAGAAAAUUUCAAAAUGGGAAACACCAGUUUCCUAAGUCUCGAUAUCUUCUUUAUCUUGAGACUAAUACAUGGUGAAUGAAAAAAGUUAAGACAGCUGAAUAAUGAAAUAAUUAACGAUUCCGAGUUAUGCGAAAAAGAAGAAUAUUUAUUUAACGUAGGGACAGAGAGAGAGAAAAAUAUGUACAAACAAGGAGGACAUUGGAAGACAAUGUGAUUUGCGUGAAAUGCCAUUUUUAAAGACAACGCAUUGUAGAGAAUGAUAAUAAUACAGUAAAUAUAAAAAUGUGCUGAGUGAAAAUAAAUAAAUGAAAAUUUACUAACAUUGCAGCUUUAGCAACGAGUAUCAAUUACGCAAAAAUGAAGAAACUGUAAGUUAAGAAAUAUCGUAAAAGAAAUUUUUGAAACGACUGAAUGAGGUUCUAUCAAAAAUUAAGAGCAAACUAUACUGCGCAAAGAGCGUUUAUUAUAAAAAUAAAUAUAAAUUAAAUUAGUAAUUUGUCCUACUUUCAUGUACUUAAAGUCAUAUGACUGUCCAUCAAUCAUCACUGAUAAGGCUGCUUUUAUUAUUAUCAAUGAUAAUAGUUAUGUAUUACAUUUAUUCGUGCGAUUUAUAUUUAUUCGUGCGAUUUCUCGAAAAUAUUAGGUUUUAUAAUUUUUAGCAUUUAAAAUCUGCAUAUCGCACUAUGCAAGUGUGAUAAGAGAUUCGAAAAUAAUUGCUCAUUAUAAGAACAUCAAGCUUUUUUGCGUUCUAAGAAUACAGGGUGUCUUAAAUUAUAAAUUGUUUUCU